AUGGCCAAAGCCAAAAGCUUCAUCGGUACUGUGUACGGAUCCGUCACAGAGAGAUCAGGCGAUAGGGAAACCGGGAGGCCCGGAGAGCGACCCAUGUCGCUGCUAGUUAUCCACCGCCAAGAUGUGCAACAGCGUAUCGCUGCAUGCGGAGCGUGCAUGGAGCGGAGGAUGCGAUGGCAGAGUCUGGUCGAUGCAACAUUCUUCUUCACCGGUGCGGGUCCCAAGGGGUGCAUCAACGGUCUUGCAGCGCGAAACAUCCCUCUUUUGGCGAUAGCCCUGCCUCUUGAACCAGGCACGACGCACGCUGACUGUCACCCCGCUCUGACAAGAGCCGCAAGUCGCCAACACGGCCCGACGGAGAAAGGGUCUUGGACGAGCGUGUUUGGGCUCGCCAGGCUGGAUGAAUGCAGUUCCUCGAUAUCCGCGCUUUGGCUUCACAUGAAUCGCCGAUCCUUCUCGCGCGUUGGUGCGACGAGAGGCUGGGCUCCGUGGGGCCCAGCGGCCAGGGCCUGGACCGCCUGCGGCAAGUCGGGCGACCUGAGCUCCGCUGGGCUUCUGGAGCAGCAUUGA